AUGAGUCACACAAACCCUACCGUAUUGGGAGCGAUCCUGAUGUUGGCCCUAGCUAUUGAAUGCCACGCCGUAACGCGGUACAAUGUCAGCUUUGACGAAUUGCACAAAUGCAAGCAGCACAAUGCUAUCAAUGGGUACAACUAUCGAGCAUUCUUCAAACUGCAUGAACUACAGCAUCAUCAUCUAACUGACCCCGACCUAAUGGUCGACCUGCAAAUGUAUGUGCUGGCCCCUCGCGAUGGUCAUAUCCUGCUGUCGGAACAGAACAAAACCUUGGGAACAGCAGUGGAAAUAGUACUCGGUGGUGGUGGAAAUACAUUUUCACAGAUACGUUUCGGCCAGAAGGGAUCUCCGUUAAGAACGAAGGCGACUAUCGGGCUGCUAUCACCGAUUGAACCACUUCCUGUACGGGUACGUAUCUAUGCAGGAGGCCAGAUCAGGAUACACGCUGGCAAUCUUACGGACGAACCAUUCAUGGAAACGAUGAUACCGAGCAAGAAUUUCAAUGAAUUAAGAUACGUCAGUUUUACUACCUGGGGAACAGCAUUGGCAAAAUGGUUCUAUGAUUGUCCACUGCCUUCAAACGCUACCAACGGUACGGUGAUGAUUGACGGUAACGAGCUAGAGCAAGAGUACGAUGGGAAGCAACGUUUGCUGGACCAUUUGGCGAAGGUUCCGCGGUGGAUUGACCCACCGGAUAACUUUACGGGCGUCGUAAUUCAACACAUGUACGUAAAAGGAUUCGUUUACGAUCAGACAACUAACCAGAUCGAGCUUUCGGGAUCCAUGGGCCUGGCAUGGGAAGAUCAACGCUACAGCUGGAAUGCAUCCCACUUCGACAAUACCAUUUUUGUUGGUGACGUCUGCCAUACGGUCUGGAUACCGUCCUUCGAACCGUUGAGCCUGUUUACGGGAACGUCCUUCAUGUGCUACCUCACAGAUAACGGUAUUAUGGGUGUCGAAUUCUUGGAGUUUACGUGGAUCAAUUUCUGUACACUUUCGGAGAGUUACCGGUGGCCGUACGAUACAAACACCUGCAAGCUACAACUGCUAGCGGCCAGCCAUGAAAGGAAUGUACCUAUACGUUUAACAAUGGGAAGUAUACAAUUCGAUCCGAAUUUCGAACAGACGGAAUGGUCCCUCAAGUCCAUUGGUAAGCAUGAAACGGAACGGAGCAUUACGCCAUUUGGACAGCAACCAAUUCUCGAGCUGCACAUCGAAAUGAGCCGAAAAAGUGAUAUACAUUCCGUUUCGAUUCAUCCAUCAUACUUCGUGGGCAACUUGCUGAUAUCCAUUUCCUUCCUUGUCGAUGGGCGAUCGCGACUGUUGCUGAACUCGCUUGGUUUGAUCGUGCUGCUCAAUGCGUUUUUAAGCCUUUCCGCCAUCGUACCACGUACUGGAGUACCAAAACUAUACAUCUUUUUCCAGUGGUCACUUGUUUUUUACUCAAUGUCGACCAUUCUGUUCGUCAUCGAGAUGUGGUUGAAGAAAAUGCGCGCCAACAUACCAUCCGACUCCUGGAUUGGGCGAAUUAUAAGUUUCCGAGCCGUACGGUUUGUGCUCGCCAUGGAUCAAAGGAGUAACUAUAACACGUUAGAGCACAAAAACGUUCGAUGGGACGAAGUGACCUGCAUCCUGAAUCGACUCAUGAUGGUUGUUGUGCUGAUCGUGCUUGCAAUUGGAUUCACCAAACCGUGA